AUGCCCGCGUCCUCUGCGAUCCAACAAUCUCUCAGUUCUCUUCUCCCAACGCAUGCACAAAAACUCCCCGCCCAACUUACGCACCUCUGUGAAUCCCUCCUCGCCCAAUCCCGCCAACGGGCAUGCCACUUAAAACCAGAAGAAGAAAUCGCCCGCGCCUAUGCAUGCUGCGAGAUUGCCUGCAAACGACUCCGCGCACAAUGCCGCUUACCCGCCACCCAGCCCGGCGGUGCACCCUGCAAACCGACUCUGUAUGAGAAGCUGGUGAUGUUCUUGGAGAGGGUAUUAGAUGAAGACCCCCUUACGACAACGCCACAAUCCGGGCGAAACUUAAAGAGGACCGCCGAUGGAGUGUUCAAGGGCGCUGAGACAAGUCAAACUGGAACUCCAUCAAAGAAUCCAGCUCGAAAUGGAUUCCUGGGAAAGUUGAAAGCGAGCGCCAAUAGUACAACGAAGAACACUGAUGUCGAUGGAGCUGGGACCGAGGCACCAAGUUUCACUAUGCCAUCGAUACGCAGGUUGUGCAAGACGUUCAAAACCCCCCUCCUCGCACCGCACGUGUACACGGGCGCCUGCGUUGUCCUGAAGCUCGCAGAGCUUUGGCCACAAAGUCAAGAUGAGGAUGAAGAGCCACGAGACACAGAGUCGUUGAAAGAGACCGUGACAGGCCUCUUGAUCGCGCUGUACCUCAUGACCCUCACGCGCAUGCAGACGGCCAAAAUGACCACGUCCGUGUACAAGAGCACAUGUUCGAAGUCUGUUGAGGAGCUAGACUACAAGCCGGGCACUGCGGGCGUAGAACUGUGGAUCCGCCGGAUCAACCGCGAGGGAUACUGCCGCAGGCAAGACUGGUGGGCAAGCGUUCCUGAGUCGGUGUUUAAAUUCGAUCCUCACGGUACAAGUGGAGGGGCUCGGACGAUCCAUGAAGACAGCGAGGACGAUGACGAUGAAGAGCCAUUUCCCUCAGCCGCGAGAAAACGGCAAGUCACGGGCCCGGCGCGAAGAAACGGGGUUGAUGAAGAGGACGACGAUCCCGAAGGCAUCCUCCUUCCUGGUUUGGCUACAAUGAUGCAAGACGCGGUGGAUUUUCUGACUCCUGAGCACACGGAAGCCCACAAUGCGUGGAAGAAACAGUUCCUCAAGCGAUUGGAUAAAUUGGAUAAAACCCCCGCAGGUAGGCUUGGAAGGACCGUGGUUGUUAAAUAG